AUGGAAACAUAUCAACAGACAUUGGCACAGUACCAAACUCAAUGGACUCAACACCAGCAGGAGCUCCAGCAAUACCAGCAGGCCCUCCAGCAACACCAGCAGGCACUGCAGCAGUUCCAGCAGCAGAUACAACAAUAUCAGCAACAAGCCCAGCAGCCCUCCAUCCCAGAGUUGGCCAAGCUGGAGAGACUCAUCACCAGUGUGUUCUGUACACCCAUUGACCAGUACCAGCACCAAUCCUCAAACAAUGUCAAGUCCCUUGCUCUUAAGAAGCUACACAAAGAGGCAUUCACAACCAAGGCCACAGAGGACACUGCAAUGGAGAUUGACAGUGAACCUGCCUCUGACUCCCAACAGAUCAAGGAUCUGGUCAAGAACAUGGCAACAACAAUCAAAACAACAACAGCUCAAAAAACAACAGGAGGGGCCCAGCCCAGGGAGGCGCCUCCAGCAACAAAAAGAAAUCUCCCAACCAGCAGCAGUCCGCCAGAGGCGGCAGAACCCAACGAGGAAGGUCCCAGUCCGCCCCAAGAGGCAACCGCCCAAGAAGCCAAAGCAGAGGCCGCCAAGGCGGCCGCGGCGGCAGGGCAGGACGAGGAAGGGGAGGAAGAGCCGGAGGAAGAGGCAACGCUACCUCCAGAGGCUCCACAAGAUCGAACAGAGGCCGCUCCAGAAGCUCCUCUCCCAGCAGGAGGCAGAACUCCAACACCAGGAGAAGCAGGUCCUCCAGGCGAUCGACAAGGAGAUAGAGCUCACAUAUGGCUUCGUCUCAGACCCCGACCUCCAUCUACACGACAAUGUACAAAUUAG